UCGUACACAGCGUGUCGACGUUAAAAAUUUCGAUGUUUGAAUUUUCAUUCAGAAAAACAAAAAUGAUAUGUUAGUCGUGUUUCGUUAGCUCAAUGGUAAGAGCACUGGUCCGGUUAACCAGUUAUCAUGUCUUGGGUUCGAUUCCCGAACGAAGCAUAUCAUUUUGUUUUUCUGAAUGAAAAAUUCAAACAUCGAAAGAUAAAAGGAAGAAAAAGUAUAUCAUAUAAAAAAUUGAUUUACCUUUCAUAGAAAAUAACUAUAAUCUUUGCCAUUUAUAUAAUGUUCUUGUAUUUCGUUAUCACUUCCAAUCUAUAUAUAGUUAAUGCUAUUUGUAAUUCUAUGUAUCAAAUGAUCGAUAUUAUUUCAUGGAAUUUAAUCAAAACAUAUGUAAUGUAUAUUGUCACAUUUGAAACCUUUUUUUUUAAUAUUUAAGAGUCCUCAAUACAAAAUGCAUGUCAAUCACAACCUUGGUAAGAACUAUCGAUUGAAAUAUCAUCAAAUUAGAUCUUUUCUUUUUAAUAGUCAAAAUGGUGGUAUUUGCUAUCUUACAUUAACUGACUUUGCGUGUGUAUGUCCGACUGGUUACAGUGGUACACGUUGUGAUAUAAAUUUAGUUGCAACUAAUCCAUGUUUUCAUAGUCCAUGUCAAAAUAGUGGAACAUGUCUCGUAUUAGAUCCUUUUAGAUAUCGAUGCAUAUGUUCAAAUGGAUUUCUUGGUGUUCGAUGUGAACAACGUAUAUGUAAUCCAAAUCCAUGUCUAUCUGGUGGUAUAUGUUUACCACAUGGUAAUACUUUUCAAUGUCAAUGUCCAUCGCAAUAUGGUGGACGUUAUUGUGAACAUCUGACGAAAACAGCAUUAAUAUUAGCGUAA